GUGUUCUUUGUCUGGAAAGCAGCUCUCCUCCUAUUUGGGACAAUACAAGUGUGGUUGUCGGAUUUGAUACGAUGGUUUAAGCAACUGAUAAUGCCUUGGAAAGCGAAGCUGAGCCACCUUGAUGAACUGAAGCAGCUUUACAAGGAACCCGACUAUCCCGAACCAAAAUAUGCCAUUGCAUUUUGGAAGGAAGACUGGUUUUUUUGCUUAUCAAAGGCUUGCGGGUCCCUGUCCCAACUUGAUCCAUCACUGCAAACAAAUCCCAGACAGGUUAGCUGUCGAGGACAUUGACCUGACGCCUUUCGGGGAAACGUCUUCUCUACAGGUGGCUCUUAAAGAUGGGAAGUUGUUUUAUUGCGACUUGAGAAUACUGGAAGACAUCCCUCACAAGAAGGACUAUACUGUAUGUGCCCCGAUCCUGUUGCUGUACAGAACCAACAGUGGCCAGCUGCUUCCAGUCGCCAUCCAGCUGUUCCAGGAACCAGGACCAGACAACCCGGUGUUCCUGCCGUCAGAUGACCAGUACGUGUGGCUGUUGGCCAAGAUGUGGUACAACCAAGCAGAGACGACAUACCACCAGAGCGUAGCUCACCUUGGUAUCACCCACCUGCUGAUGGAGGGAGUGGACCUGGUAACUCACAGGCAGCUCUCUGUGUAUCACCCGAUCUACAAGCUCCUGGCACCGCACCUCUUUUACACUAUGGCUAUCAACCAGAAGGGCCGUGAGCUGCUGCUGAGAAGGGGAACUUUAGACACGUUGAUGUCUUCUGGAAUAAAAGGCGUUAAAAGUCUUAUUGCCAAAAGUCUGGAAACAUGGCGUCUGGACGUGGACGGCACUUUACCAGAAGACCUGAAGAACAGAGGGGUCGAUAGUGCUGAUGUUUUGGGCCCUUACUACUACCGAGAUGACGCCAUGAAGGUGUAUAACGCCAUCAAGACAUAUGUCAGCAAAUACGUCCAAGUAUAUUACAAGGACGACACAGCUCUCCGCAGUGACCUGGAGAUACAAGCCUGGGCCACAGAGCUUGUGAAAGACAAGUCUGAUGGAGGCAUCGGUAUGAAAGGUGUUCCUGGCGAGGGCACGUUUAGGACGCUGGAUCAACUGAUCCAGACACUGACGUCGGUGAUCUUCACAUGCAGCGUCCAGCACGCCGCCGUCAACUUCACCCAGUACGACAACUACAGUUUUCCGCCGGCCUAUCCAUCCACACUAAAAGGUUCACCGCCAAAAGACAAGAGACAGCCCCGAACAAUGGAGGAUGUUCUUGCCGCCCUGCCAGGUGAGGGGACCAUGUUUGAAAUGAUUCUUGUGGCAGACCUACUCAGCACCAAGAAGACCAAUGGAUUAGGUGACUUCGAAACGGUCUACAUACAAGACCAAGAGGCCGUCCAGAUCCUGCAGGAAUUUCGUAUGGAACUGGCAGGAAUAGCGCAGUCGUUUACUGCAGACAACAAACAGAGUCGGGUUCCACCUUACGACGCCCUCCUUCCCCAGAAUAUCCCCAACUCUGUCAGUAUCUGAGCCAGAAGAUAUAACAGGAUAUAAACAUUUUAAUGUAUUCUACAAGUAGCACAGGUUAAUUCAAUGAGAUCUCUAAGGAACACUUGAUUGCACAUUAAUACCCGAUCUCUUCAGAGAUUAGUUUUACAGUACUGAGGGGGAAGGCGGCAAUAAGUGUUUCACUUGUGCCCAAUCCCUUUGUCUUUUUGAACAAUGAAAUAUGUUUAAAAAAAAAAAAUCUUUUCAGAGCAGCGCACGAGGAGUGCCAGACUGGCUGUUCGUUUGAACUGUUUUUGAAGUUUUGGGAAUACAUCAUCGAUAAUAAUCCACAGGACCUAGAUAUAACUACUCAGAUAUAACUUUUAUUUGCGCUUGCAUAUUCCUUUAUGUAGUUGUUUUAUUUCAUUUAAAAAAAUCAUAUCUAUCUAAUUAACACAUUUUACAUGAAUGUCUAUAUUACACUAAUUUCACAACUUAACAAAGCCUUAAGAUAUAACAGGAUAUAAACAUUUUAAUGUAUUCUACAAGUAGCACAGGUUAAUUCAAUGAGGAGAUCUCUGAGGAGCACUUGAUUGCACAUUAAUACCCGAUCUCUUCAGAGAUUAGCUUUACAGUACCAGGAAGAAGGCGGUAAUAAGUGCUGCACUUAUGCCCAAUCCCUUUGUCUUUUUGAACAAUAAAAUAUGUUUUCAAAAAAUAAUUCUUUCAGAGCAGCGCACGAGGAUUGCCAGACUAGACAUUGAGCAAAUAGUUAUAGUAAUUAGUUAGAACCUGUGCCGGUAAUGUUGCAGUGAUGUCUUUUCAACAAUGGUAUUUGUUUUUCUUCAUAUUUUAGUCAGUCGCUUAUUGUUAUACUUAGCAUAUUUGAUUACAUUUGUUUUGAUUAAUAAUCGAUAGUGACUUCGUUUUAAUGCAAGUGAAUACUCUGCUUUCGUUUGAACUGUUUUUGAAGUUUUGGGAAUUCAUCUUCGAUAAUAAUCCGAAGGACUUAGCUAUAACUACUCAGAUACAACUUUUAUUUGCAAUCGCAUAUUCCUUUGUGUAUUUUUUUAUUGGAUUUCAAUAAAUCAUAUCUAUCAAA